GGGUGAAUGCGGCUUUAUUAAGACUAUGUCGUCCUUAAGUAUGUAAGCCUGUAAGCCCCAAGCUAUCGCCGUCCUUCUUCCCCUUCACGCUUUGUCACACGGUUUCUUUGAGCCGCAUUCCUGUAUUCUCUCUAUUAUUAUCGGUUGCCUCUCAUUCAUCCAAUAAGCGAAGAUGUAACUCUGCCUACAUUCGGCAACUUGUCAUUGUUGUUAUUAGCACAUUUGUGUUUUGCCCUUCAUACUGCUGCUAUCCCUUGUCUUCCUUCCAUUUUGCUUCGCUGGGAGAAUUGUCAUAAUAAUGUCUCUCACUUUGAUUACGACACCCAUUGCUAUGCGCCAAAUUCGUAUUUUUCUCAAGCUAACAUGCGUAUUCUUCCAAUAGUUAAUAAGGCUCGGAAGCCGAAAUUCGAGCUUCACCUCACUAUCUACGACUUAAACAAUGUACCAUUAGUUGCCGGCACCUCUACGAUAAAAUGGUACCUUCCGAACUCGAUACAUGGCGAGAAUCGCGGCCGUACGGCCAAGUGUUCCAUCGACAAGAUCAAUCAUCGCGUUGUAUAUAACUAUUCUAAGAUCAUACCCUUGCGCAUCUCAAUCGAUCGCAAUAACAACCUUUCCGAAUGCCCUAUCGAAUUCGAGGUACUGCAGGAGUUUCCCAUGGUCCCCGGCGGUCGCGACGAGAAGAUUCCCCUUGGCGUUGUCAAGUUGAACCUAAGCGAAUAUGUCGAAGAAAGCGAAAACUUUCCUCGCCGGAGUAUAGGCGCGCGGGCCAGCGCAAGCCUGGAUCAUGCACGAGAGAAGAUCGGACAAGGCAUGUCGCACCGACGACAAAGCAGUAGCAAAUCGGGCAGUAGCCUUCCACCCGGUGUCAUAGGGGGGACCAGUCCACCAAGCACAACAGCGCCGCCGCUACCACACCCAGAAGAAAAUGACGUGGUAGACGAUGAGGCCGAAGAGGGCAUUGUCCGGCGAUACUUAAUGCAGGAAAGCAAGAUUAACAGCACACUUAAGAUUGGCAUCUUAAUGAUUCAGAUUGACGGCGAGCGUAACUACGUCGCGCCUCCCCUCAAGACGGCUCCUAUGUUCGGCGGCAUAGCCGGCAUCAUGACGGGUAGCGAGCAGGUCCCGGUCGAGGCACCCGAAGACGGGUCUACGCCCCCCAGCACUAAAACUAACUCCGGCUCCCUCGGCAAGUCCCGAGACGCUUCGGAGCUGCAGGACAUGUAUCGCCGCGCGCUAGCAGCAAGUUGGGCUUGUCAACCCGGCGAGCUACCGGCCGACGAGUGCAUCGAGGACAUCUUCUCAGGUGGCGACGGGUGGAGCGAUACCACGCGCCCCGGCUCCAAGCCCCCUACCCGCCGCAGCCGCCUCUCGCAUUCUAGCAGCGCUAGUAACAACAGCGGCAACAUAAGUGACGACGAAGGCGUUGGUGGUAACACGUUACGGCCCGCCGAUAUCCACCGCAUGCGCCAACACCAUCUGCGCACGCGCAGCGGCGGCAGCGAUCGCAGCUCUCCGACGCUGACGGGCGGGUUGCGCAGCAGCAGUACUAAUGGCCGCCAGGAAGGCGGAAGCGGGCGACAUCCUCGGUACCGGGGACCCGGGAAGCCACUUAAAGAAGACGGCGGCGUAGACGGAGCAUCAGAUGGCGUGCGCAGCCGUAGCGGGAGUUUAACAAGUCUAGCGCCAACAUUAAUCAGCGACCGUGGACGUGAGGGGUUCAGACGGCCGAAAGAAGUAGACGAGUACGAGGAGCGCGAGGACCUAGUCGCUUGGACGUUACCCGAGACCGUAGUCUAAGGUUAAAGCUUGUGCGUGUGCUAGGGUAUGCAUAGCAUAGCAUAGCGUAGCAUGGCAGGGAUAGCAUAUUAUAUUCGUGGGACAUGGCGUAUGGUUGUUUUUUAUAUCCAUGUAUUGGAGCUAACUACCUAAUUUACUUCACACACAUACCUAAAGUCUUGGUUGAGAUUGGAUAGACAGACUUUAUAAUCUAGAAGUGGGAAUUGUAUAUGUGAAGGACGGAUUGGAUGGGGUUGGCGUUAUGCAUAUAUAAUAGGUUGGUACAUGUAUAAACCGGCUGCACAUAGAUUAGAUUAAUAGACAGAACGCACCGCGUCUCGAAUUAGAUCACAUUACACUGCGAAACCGGGAAUUAAC